CGUUUGUUACUACGAGAAUAAAGUUGUUAUUUAACGAGAAUAAAGUCGUACUUUUAUAUUAAACUCGUAAUAUUUUGAAAAUUCUACAGAGUUUCCGGUUUCACAGCGAAGGCAACAAGGGAAGCAGCAACUUUCCCUCAAAAACUCAGUAUCAUCCCCACAGUUUAUUCAGAAACAACAGACCCUCUCUGUUUAGUUCUCUGGUGUAUCCGCUGAUGACCACUUCAUCAGGUUCUCCUCCAUGAAAGAGACAAUUUGCUACAGUUCAGUUCUUACAACAAACCCACAUGUGUGUAAACUCUGUUCAAAGUCCUUCGACUGAUGUGUUCAUGGAGGACAGACUCAGUAUUUGGCCUUUGUCUAACCCCAAAUGAAAGAAGAACUACAGAAAAUGUUCAGUUCUACAUCGAUGACUCUCCAGGUGAUUGGAGGAAACAUAACCGUGGUGCAAGGAUCCACGGCCUUUUUUCCCUGCAUCCUCAAGGAUACAACAGAGAAGCUCAAUCAGAUUUCUUGGCAAAAGAAGACCAAAAAAAACCCAGAGAAAAUCAAUUUCUUCACCAUCCUACCAGAGGGACCAGAGUUUUUCAAUGUGCAUGGUGAGAGGUUUACUUCUGCUGCGAAUUUUAAUGAAAAGAAUGGAUCAUUUCGUCUUUCCAAUGUCACUCUUAUGGAUCAAGGAACCUACACGUGUAUUUUCACGUUAUUUCCCAGCGGAAAUCACCAGACAGAGAUACCUCUCAACGUGCUCGUGCCACCAGUCAUAAGCGUGAAAAGUGAUAUACCUACUUUGGGUGACAAAGAAGUUUCUCUUGCUACAUGUACGGCAUCUGGUUCACUGCCUCCUGCACAAGUGAACUGGGUUUUUGGGAAUCUGAAUCUGAAGAUCACAACCAACUCCAGUGUGAACGACGAUGGUACGACGACCACGAUCAGCACGUUGUGGGGAGUACCUACGAUAGAGCUCGACCAUCGUUCUGUCCAGUGUGUUGUCACCAGUGAAGCCCUUUCAACACAGAAGAGCCAACCCUUCACCAUUCAAAUACACUUUCCUCCAACUGAGGUGAAUGUUCAGGAAAAAUCGAGUGGUGUAUUUGAGUGUAUAUCGAAUGGCAAUCCAGAGGUACAGUACACCUGGAACAGAUCGGAUCAUUUAUGGCCUCAUCCUGCUGUCAAAACAGAUGGUUCACUGCUGCAUAUUCUACGCAUGACUUCUGAGUUAAACGGCGUCUUCACAUGCGAAGCAUCUAAUUCAUAUGGAAAAAAGCAAGCACAGCUUUACAUGCAAGUGACUUCAGAGCAGAGGAAGGUACAAGGAGCCUGCCAUGCCUGUUGGACCUUGUUUUCUUUGUCCUUUAUUUUGCUUGGCCUGCUUCUGGGUGGUGCAGCAUUUUUGUAUUACAAAUUUGGCUCAUUUCUGAGGACGGAAGACAGUAGAUGUGCGGUAAGGAAACGGGUCAGCAGUUCAGAAGCAGAGGGAACACCAGCAGAAGCAGAACUAUAGACGGAUAGGCCUGAGAUAGAAGUAUCCCAGUGUGUUUGACAUUCCUGGAAAGAAAAAGACAGACAGGAGCUUACGGACCACCUUGCAACAUGCCGUUUCAGAAAGAUGCAGCAUUUGCAGGUGGCGUAUAUCAGUUGUUGUUACUCUCCACUGCUGCCUCCUUUCUGCUUUUGACACCUUAUUUUCAUUUUUGAGUGUGGGAUUUGAAGACCAAAAACCACCACUGUGGGACAAGUUUCUCGAAGCAGAAAUGUGUUUGUUUAUUUCAAGGUCUUAUUCGUGCACAGAUAAGAGCUCACACAGGGACCAAGGACAGUCCAGGUGUGAGCAGGGAUCUCUUCCAAUCCUCCAGAAGUAGGAUGCUUUUAUCCCAAAGUUUGCCAUAGCCCCUUUUCCACCAGAUUUCCAGGAACUUUUAUUACCAGGAAUUUAUUUACCUGGGUAAAAGAAUUCCUUGUAAUCUGUGUGGUUUGUGUUUCCACCGCAUUUGAAAGUGUCUGAAAAUGUAUUCAAAUCAGACCCUGUCCUUUCUAGUCAUUGUCUCGAAGUCCCACUGAAUUUCUUUUGAGAGUAUUCGGCAAAUAUGCUUGACAAGGUCCAGGCUAUUUUAUGUAUAAUUGCCAAAUACUCAGAGGCAUUGCAAUGCACUUGUAGGUGCGAGACAAACUUUUUCAGGGAAAGUUUGGGGUUGAGGGAAAAUUAUUUUGCCUGGGUAAUUUUUGUAUAAAUGCGCCAAGGUUUUCAAAGUUCCAGGUAAAGUGAAAGUUCCUGGUAAAGUUCCUGUGGUGGAAAAGGGGCUUACUGCAUGCAUUAAACACAUGGUACAGUGAUAGGGUUAUUACAUAACACUAAUCGAUAAAGGAACAUAACUGGGACACACGUUCAUUUUUCUGUCUUUACCUCAUGUCUUUUGAAAAGAGCAAUUAAAUAAUUCAUUGAGGGGGUGUCCUCAAAGUGUUGCAGUGAAACUGUGGUCAAAAUCCACUGUGAGCCAGAAGUGUAACUGUGGAGGAAGUGAGGUUUCCUGACCUCCAACCUAGGGGUUUUUUGCGGCUAUCCAAGGCCUCCUAUCACCAACUGUUUUAACGGUAUGCAAACUCCUUCGUUUAUUAUAUCAACAGUCGGUUUUCACAGAUAAGGACAAAUACUGUGUUGCAAACAAGAAUCCUGGAUCCUUGACAACACAGUUGCGGCACAUCUGCUGUGGUUUUAUGCCUGAUUAUCACAGUCAUAAAAGAAUUCACCCUGUGAUGAACCGGCAGCAUGUCCAGGGUGUACCCCGCCUUCGCUCAUAAGUAACUAGGAUAGGCUCCAGUGACCCCUGUGAGGGGGUCACUAAUGAGGAUAAAGCAGGUUCAGAUAAUGAAUGAAUAAAUAAAAGAAUGAAACUGAACAGGACACAGAUUUUACUAUGCAAGUGUAAGGAUAAUGUCCAACUUGAAAAAGACCUUUUUAAAUGCUUCGUAGCUGAUGCGGCUAUAACACUGUAAAUGUGAAUUUGUACUUCAUGCCCCAUUUGUUAUUUCCAAUUCAAUAUUGCGUUUGUAUGUUUUACAUUUUUUACACGUCUCAUGUUUCUGUCAUAUUUUCAGCUUUGACCAGGGGUGUCAAACAUAAGGCUGGUGGACCAAAACUGGCCCUCCAAAGGGUUUAAUGGGGCCCAUUAGACGAAUAUGCAAAGUACAAAAAUUGCACAGAUGACAUUAACAGUCAAGAGUAUCACUGAGUCUUGACAGAUUGUAAUGAUUCUGAAGUUAAAUCCUAUAUUUUUCAGAUCCAGAUGCCUGUUAUUAAAUGUUUUGUGCCUUUGUAGAUCCACUGUGAUCUAUAUGUUGUAAUUCACAUGUGUAAAUAAGCUGAGGUGUAAUAUUGUUAAAAUUGUUAUUUUAGGUU